AUGGCUACGUCAGAGUUAAUCCAUUCGUUGAUCGAACCAUCCCAGGAAUUGACCUGGGAUUUGCUAGAUUUAACCACACCUAAACCAACAGCCAGUUCUGUAGCUCAAUUAUCCAAUUUUCUUAUAAACCCACCACCAAUCAACCGUACCAGAUUCAGAUUUAAACGGACAGGUAUAGAAGGCAAUAUAACCAGGUAUGCAGAAGAAAUAUGUGACAAAACUGAGUCAGAAACACAAUCUCUUUCAAUGGGUCGUACCCAUCAGGGGAAAUCCCAAACCAUGUCCAGCAGAAAAGUGAUGCCUUUCCAACCAGGGGGGUUGAUCAAGAGUGUAGCUAAGGACCAUGAUGAUGACGAAUCAAGAUUGCACAGGAACCAAGUUGGGUUGUUUGAUAUGCCACCGGGGUUUUCCAGAGGAUUGUCUGUUGAUGCCAGUGACAGUGGACUUGAAUUGGAACAGGUGGACGACGAAGAAGAGGAAUCAAUUACAACCAUUUCCAUGAACAAAAUUGACACCAAGGCUUCUACUGAUACCGUCACUGAGGCCACCCAUGAUAUUCCAUUUGAUACUACCGAAAUUGAAGGUCUUGUUCCAUUUAACUAUACUAAUUUCACCGCAUCCACUGCAGCUAACGCAGCAAGCGCCGUUCCUCAACAUACUUGGGCCCAUGUGGUUGACCUCGAUCACAAAAUUUCUGAUUCAGAAUUCUCAACAUUCGUCCCUAACAUGGCAAGAAAGUUCCCCUUUGAACUAGACACAUUCCAAAAGGAAGCCGUGUUCCAUCUUGAACAAGGUGAUUCUGUAUUUGUUGCUGCCCAUACAUCCGCCGGUAAGACCGUGGUUGCAGAAUAUGCCAUUGCCAUGGCAGCAAGAAACAUGACCAAAACAAUCUAUACUUCACCAAUCAAGGCCCUUUCCAAUCAGAAAUUUCGUGAUUUCAAACAAACGUUUCCCGAUGUCGAUGUUGGGUUAAUCACCGGUGAUGUGCAAAUCAACCCCGAGGCAACUUGUCUUAUCAUGACCACAGAAAUUCUUCGAAGCAUGGUGUAUAGAGGUGCCGAUUUGAUCCGUGAUGUCGAAUUUGUUAUUUUCGAUGAAGUACAUUAUGUUAAUGACAUAGAUCGAGGUGUUGUUUGGGAAGAAGUCAUCAUUAUGUUGCCUGAUCAUGUCAAGUAUAUUCUUUUAUCAGCAACUGUUCCUAACACAUUUGAGUUUGCCAAUUGGGUGGGUAGGACAAAACAAAAGGAUAUUUACGUUAUAAGUACACCAAAACGUCCAGUGCCCUUGGAAAUAUUCAUCAGUGCCAAGGGGAAAAUGUUUAAAGUUAUUGAUGGAGAAAAUAGACGAUUCCACGAGGAUGAAUUUAGAAAACAUAAGGAUAUUCUUGAACCCAAACCCAAGGAUGAUGCACCACCAACCAGAGGUGGAAGAGGCGGUGCCGCCAGAGGUGGAAGAGGCGGUGCCGCCAGAGGUGGUGCCCGAGGUAGUAACCGAGGAGGUGGUGGACGAGGAGCACCUCGAGGUGCAGCUAGAGGGGGCGCCAAUAAGGGAAGAACUCCAUAUAAUCAAGAUGGCCCAGGAAAAAACACAUGGUUGGAUUUGGUACACCAAUUAAAACCAGCAAAUCUCCUUCCAGUGGUCAUCUUUGUGUUUUCGAAAAAGAAGUGUGAGAUGUAUGCUGAUUCCCUUCAAUCAGUUGAUUUCUGUAACGGCCGGGAAAAAUCGGAAAUCCACAUGUUUAUUGAACGUAGUUUAGGUCGGUUGAAAAAGGAAGAUCGUAACCUUCCCCAAAUCAUCAAGAUCAGAGAAAUGUUAUCCCGAGGAAUUGCUGUUCACCAUGGUGGUCUUUUACCUAUUGUUAAAGAGUUCAUUGAGAUCUUGUUCAGUAAAGGGUUAGUUAAGGUUCUUUUCGCCACGGAAACUUUUGCCAUGGGGUUGAAUUUACCUACCAGAACCGUUGUUUUCAGUUCAUUAAGAAAACACGAUGGUCGAGGAUUUAGAAAUUUACUCGCGGGAGAAUUCACACAAAUGAGUGGUAGAGCUGGUAGAAGAGGAUUGGAUAAAACAGGGACAGUUAUCAUCAUGACAUAUAACAAUCCAUUGCUGGUUACUGAUUUUAAAGAAAUUGCAUUGGGUACACCAACAAAACUUUCCUCGCAAUUUAGAUUAACUUAUAAUAUGAUUUUGAACUUGUUAAGAAUUGAAGCAUUACGUGUUGAAGAAAUGAUCAAGUAUUCAUUCUCGGAAAACUCCACACAAGUAUUACUUCCAGAAAACCAAAAACGUUAUGAUGAGUUAGUUGAUGAUCUUAAAAAUAUCACAAUAACCCCAUGUAAGCAUUGUCAUUUGCAAGAUGUUGAGCAAUUCUGUGAAUUGUUAAAUCAAUAUGAAGAAUUAUACGGACAGUGUGUUGCCGAUAUUCACGAUUCACCAGUUUUGAAAACUCAAAUACUUCGUAUUGGACGAUUAGUAUGUUUCCGUGAUAAUACCACAUUAGCUACCAGGGUCGGGUUUGUGGUAAAAUCCGUAGCUGCCAAUAAGGCCAUGCUUAUACUUACAUUUGACCAUGGACGUGAAUAUGAAGAAGCUGCCGAAAAAUACAAAUUGCCAUAUAUUCCAAUUCCUACUUAUAUUAAUGCUAAUUUCCCAAAGAUUGUUUUCUCACAAGGAUUUAGAAUUGCCAGUGUUCCAUAUGAGCAAAUUACAUUUGUUGGAAAAUACUCGUUACGAACACCAAUGAAUGAUAUUAUUGCCAACAUUCCCGAAGCAAUCCAAGAAGCUAGCGUGGCUAUUAAAUUAAUCUGUAAAUAUCAAAACCGAUUUGAAGAACAAGAUUUCAAACAAGUGGCCCAGCUUUCCCUUCAUGGGUUAACUAACGAAAAGACCAAUUUAUUGACCAAGAUUGAACAAAUGAAAUCCAUAUCCACCUGUCGUGAUUUUAGUCUUCAUUAUAGUCAAUAUCAUCGUCAAUUCAUGCUCACCCAACAGAUCAACCAGCUUCAACGACUCAUUUCCGAUGAAAACCUUGACCUUCUUCCAGAUUAUCAACAACGUCUUGAAGUUCUUGAAACAUUGGGAUUUAUUGAUGAGGGUCAACAUACUGUGGUGCUCAAGGGUCGUGUAGCAUGUGAAAUAAAUUGUGGAUGGGAACUAAUCAUAACUGAACUUAUCCUUGACAAUUUCCUUGGUGAUUUUGAACCAGCGGAGAUUGUAGCUCUUCUCUCGUGUUUCGUGUAUGAGGGAAGAACCAACGAAGAAGAGCCACCAUUAAUCACACCUAGACUUGAGGAAGGUAAGCUGAGAAUUUUGGAUAUUGCCAAAAAACUUAUGCAAGUUUAUACCGAAAAACAAGUUUCUUUAACAGCCGAAGAGACCGAUUUCCUUGAAGCCAAGAGAUUUGCCUUGGUUAAUGUCGUAUAUGAGUGGGCUAGUGGGUUAAGUUUUAAUGAAAUUAUGCAGCAGAGUGUUGAAGCAGAAGGUACUAUUGUGAGAGUUAUUACUAGAUUGGAUGAAGUUUGUCGUGAAGUUAGAAAUGCUGCUUUGAUUGUGGGUGAUUCGGGAUUAUAUUUGAAAAUGGGCGAAGCGCAAGAGAAGAUCAAGAGAGAUAUCGUCUUUUGUGCUUCAUUGUACUUGUAG